AAAGACAGAAGGAGAGAGAAACAAACGGGGCUUUUUCUAAUCUGUGCUGAUCAAGGAAAACCUGUAGGGGUCCUUAAGGAGGUUUCAAGGCGUUCCGAGUGAUUGGAAAAUAAUCACCGUGUCAGCUUCACCUUUCUCAUGCAAAGUGGAUGUCGUAUGCAAGGCGGAUCCUGCACAGGGUUUUUUUGGGUUUGGGUUUUUUUUUUUUUAUUUAUUUUAUCCUUGGACUCAACCGCCCCCUAAAAGCCCCAGCUGCUCCAGCCCCAGGAGUUCCUGCUGAUGUGGGGGGAGCGGAGCAGGCACGGAGACGACAAGCACGCAGGAGCCAGCCCCGCUCUGCAAAGCGCAGCGGAGCCGACCUAUUGCAAAGCCAGACCAGAGGGCGGCGAGAAGGGCGGGGGGGUGAUUUUUCAGGCCCCCCUCUUCAAUGGCUUAGAUAUUUCCUCCUCCUCCUUUAUUCUACACUCGGAUAAACCAAUCCCCACCUCCCGGCAAGAAAGUACGGACCUGUGACCCGUUCUAGGAAGAGGAAAGUCCCUGGAGAAAUCCGCUGCACCAAAAAGCCGCCCGGGACAUGUGCAAGUUGCAGCAGUGAUCGCCCGAUCUGCCCAGACCCAAACCGCGCCGGCACCGCUCUGCCCGCGCUGCGAGGGAGCAGCAGCGGGGAGGAGGAAGAGGAGGACGAAGGGUGGUGGAAAGACGGAUCGCAAAAGUGGAAGCCCGUGGAAAAGAAAGUUGCUGGGCUCCCCGCAGUAAGUUUGGCGCAUCUGUGGAUUUGGGGUACUUUUUCUUUUCCUGGCUGUUCGCGAAGUUGCCCGCCCGCCUCUCUGCCCUGGCGGCGGGGCCGAUGCUGAGCGGCCCGGGCUAUGCUGACCUGUCUGCCGCCGUCCCCCGCCGCCCAGCUCCCUCGCCGAGGUCGGGGGCGAUGCUGUCCCAGACAGGAGCCGUGCGGCCGCUGAAGUGACCGCCGCCCCCCCCUGCUCCCCGCCCCGCACGCCCCCAGCGCCGGCGGGAGGGGGUGAGGGAGGGAGGGAGGGAGGGAGCCGCGCUCCAGCCCCGCGCCCGGCUGCCAGCGCCGCCGCCGCGAUGGGGCCAGCGGCGAGGAACUUCGUCCGGACGCUCCUGCUGCUCUGCUGGCUGACCUGCUUCUGUACGGGGAUAAGCUCCAUAGACAUUGACCGCCCCGGUGACGGGAGGUGCCAGCCGAUAGAAAUCCCCAUGUGCAAGGAUAUAGGGUACAACAUGACGAGGAUGCCGAACCUGAUGGGACACGAAAACCAAAGGGAAGCUGCUAUUCAGCUGCACGAGUUUGCCCCCUUGGUGGAGUACGGUUGCCACAGCCAUCUGAAAUUUUUCCUCUGCUCCCUCUAUGCCCCUAUGUGCACAGAGCAGGUUUCCACACCGAUCCCAGCCUGCAGGGUUAUGUGUGAGCAGGCGAGGCUGAAAUGCUCUCCCAUUAUGGAGCAGUUCAAUUUUAAAUGGCCAGACUCCUUAGACUGCAGCAAACUGCCCAACAAGAAUGACCCCAAUUACCUGUGCAUGGAAGCCCCCAACAAUGGAUCAGAUGAACCACCCAGAGGAUCCAGCAUGCUGCCACCCAUGUUUCGUCCACAGCGGCCCAGCAGUGGCCACGAUCUGCAGCAGCAUAAAGACAGCCUCAGCAGAACCUCCUGUGAAAAUCCUGGCAAGUUCCACCAUGUGGAAAAGAGUGCUUCCUGCGCGCCGCUCUGCACUCCAGGGGUUGAUGUUUACUGGAGCAAGGAUGACAAACAAUUUGCUGUCAUUUGGAUUGCCAUCUGGUCCAUUCUGUGCUUCUUCUCCAGUGCUUUUACUGUACUCACUUUUCUGAUAGAUCCUCAGCGUUUCAAGUACCCCGAGAGGCCCAUUAUCUUCCUCUCAAUGUGCUACUGUGUCUACUCAGUGGGGUACAUUAUUCGCCUCUUUUCAGGUGCUGAAAGUAUUGCCUGUGAUAGGGACAGCGGCCAACUCUAUGUCAUCCAGGAAGGACUGGAGAGCACUGGCUGCACCAUUGUGUUCCUGGUUCUGUAUUACUUUGGUAUGGCAAGUUCCUUGUGGUGGGUAAUCUUGACUUUAACUUGGUUUCUAGCAGCUGGGAAAAAAUGGGGUCAUGAAGCAAUUGAAGCAAACAGUAGCUACUUUCAUUUGGCAGCAUGGGCCAUUCCAGCUGUGAAGACCAUAAUGAUCCUAGUUAUGAGAAGGGUGGCUGGAGAUGAGCUGACAGGGUUGUGCUAUGUUGGAAGCAUGGAUGUGAAUGCCUUGACGGGGUUUGUACUCAUUCCUUUGGCUUGUUAUCUAAUCAUUGGCACUUCUUUUAUUCUUUCUGGUUUUGUGGCCCUUUUUCAUAUCAGGAGGGUGAUGAAAACAGGUGGAGAAAACACUGACAAGUUGGAGAAACUUAUGGUCAGGAUUGGUGUCUUCUCAGUCUUGUAUACAGUGCCUGCAACUUGUGUGAUAGCUUGCUAUUUUUAUGAAAGACUUAAUAUGGAUUAUUGGAAAAUUGUGGCAACUCAACAGAAAUGCAAGAUGAACAAUCAGACUAAAAAUUUAGACUGCAUGAUGAAUAACUCUAUUCCAGCAGUAGAAAUCUUUAUGGUCAAAAUUUUUAUGUUAUUAGUUGUGGGCAUUACUAGUGGUAUGUGGAUCUGGACUUCCAAGACUCUUCAGUCCUGGCAAAACGUUUGUAGUCGAAGAUUAAAGAAGAGAAGUAGGAGAAAACCUGCAAGUGUUAUUACAAGUAGUGGAAUCUACAAAAAACCUCAACAUCCACAGAAAACUCACCUUCCAAAAUAUGAAUCGACAUUACAGCCACCCACUUGUGUGUGACCAGGUUUUAGAAAAGACUAUAUCUCACCUUCCAGACUUACAAAUAUCCACAGUAGAAGUCAGAAAUUAAAAAAUAAAUGGUGCUGGUUUUUGUCAGAGAACAGUUUAAUAUCUCGAGGCAAAAAAUGUAUCACGCUGAAUUCAGGACCUGGUGAAAAACUGAAGGUAAAUGUACUUAUGGAAAGGUUUUCAGUGAAAGAAAUAUUGUGAACUAAAACAGUCUCUUCUGUUACUAAUUUGUAGUUAAGUACUUCACCCAGCCCCCAGAUUUUAUUUUAUUUUAUUUUAUUUUAAAAGCCCCAACACCCUAUUUAACGUUUUCAUGUAGCUGAGCUGGAUUUCCUACAAGUUUCUGAGUAACGAGGUAUAGUCAAGUUUUACGGAGCAAUGAUUUUAUUUUAAAAGUGCUCAAGUGAGCAUUGUCUCUUUAGGGAAACUAAGGUCCCAGAGGCCUAUCCUCAGUAAGUAUGCUAUCUGGGAAAGUAACUUCUGUGCUAACUUUUAAAAAAAAAAAAAAAAAAAAAAA